UAGAAGACAUACCCGUUUAUAACUCCGACAUUAAUGAGAGCAAACACAGAAAUAAUUUCAUUAGUCUAACCUCAUUGUAUGAAACAGUGAUGCAGUAUUAUUUUCCACGACAAAAUAGGUCAAAACGAUUAAAAGGACCUUCUUCAAGGAGAAGUGACCUUCCACUUCCGCACGCAGUUGUGUGAUGAUGAGCGUACAGUGAUAGACGACAGCAAAGCGGUUGGAACACCCAUGGAGAUAGUGAUCGGCAAUAUGUUUAAACUGGAUAUCUGGGAAACCCUGUUGUCCUCUAUGAGGACUGGUGAGGUGGCGGAGUUCUGGUGCGACACUGUUCACACUGGUGUUUAUCCACUUGUGUCCAAAAGCAUGCGACGCAUUGCUGAGGGCAAAGACCCAGUCGACUGGCACAUCCACACGUGCGGCAUGGCCAACAUGUUUGCCUACCACAGCCUUGGAUAUGACGACCUGGAUGAGCUGAUGAAGGAACCAAAGCCGCUCUACUUCGUCCUGGAGUUGCUCAAGGUGCAGCAGCCCAGUGAGUACGACAGGGAGUCGUGGGCUCUGAGUGACGAGGAGAGGCUGAAGGUCGUUCCGGUGCUGCACGGCCAGGGAAACAAACUCUACAAACAGGGACGCUACCAAGAGGCCACACAAAAAUACAAGGAGGCCAUCAUCUGCAUUAAAAAUGUUCAAACCAAGGAGAAAGCUUGGGAUGUCCCAUGGAUGAAGCUGGAGAAGAUGGCCAACACCUUAACCCUUAACUACUGCCAGUGUUUACUCCGCAUGGAAGAGUACUACGAGGUCAUUGAGCACACGACCGACAUUAUCAAUCAACACCCAGGCAUAGUUAAGGCCUACUACCUGCGAGGGAAGGCCCAUGUGGAGGUGUGGAAUGAGGCGGAGGCUCGGCAGGAUUUCAGCAGGGUGCUGGACCUGGAUCCUGGCAUGAAGAAGGCUGUUAAGAAAGAACUGGCCAUACUUAACAUGCGCAUGGAAGAGAAGAACCAAGAAGACAAGAGCAAAUACAAAGGCCUGUUUUGACCUGAUGAGACUAAGAACUGAUUGACUGCAGAAGAUUUCAGCUGUUAAAUAUCAAACCUCAGCAAUUUAAUUUUUCCUUCACCACAGCCAGCUCCCUGCCCUGAUUUCCACACAUGCUUUGACGCUCUCCUGCAUGGCAGUAUGCAAGAAAAUGCUCCAGCCUAUUAAUCACAUGUUAUAUUAUAUUAAAUUCCAAAUUCUAUCUGACAAUAUGUAUUAAAGUUAAAGGGAGGACUUUCAAUGUUAAAACCUGAACUAGCAUGGUUUAUAUUUUCUGGAUUUGCAUGAGGAUUAAAUUUUUUUUAAUAUUUCUUUGUAGUUUUACUAUAAUGUGUAGCAGGGCAUAAAGAUGUACCCAGAUGCUGUAAAGUCAGUUUAAGGAGUACAGUAAUUGGCUUUCUUACCAAGAUUUAGAUGUAAAGGUUGAUGCCCCUCUCAUUAAUACUACUUCAGAGUAAGGUCCAUAGGUUUUUGGACAAUGGAAUAUUUUUUGGAAUUUUGGGGUGGGAGAAUUUUGUCUACAUCAUUAUCCACUACAAUUUUAAAAUCAAACAAAGUGUGAGUCAAGUGCAGAUUUUCAGCUUUAAUUCAAGGGCUUUAAAGGAGUAUUGCAUCAGCUGCUUAGGAAUUACAGCCAUUUUCAGAGGCUCAAAAGUAAUUAGACAAACUUGCAUCAUUUUAAAUGCAAUGAUUGUUUUUAAUACUUGGAUGAAAAUCACAGUGAAGCACAGUAUGAUCAGUUUUGCAGCAUUUAGCCGAAUCUGAGCAGAGUAUAUAUAGACCUGUACACUUCAGAAUUCAUGUUGUUACUUCUGUCAGGAGUCACAUCAUCAAUAAAUAUUAGUGACCCAGUUCCACUGGCAGCCAUUCAUGCCUGUGCCAUAAUGCUGUCUUCACCAUGUGUGACAGGUAAUGCGGUAUGUUUUGGAUUAAGCGGAUUUCUCUCCUUCUCCACACAUCAUUCUGGUAAAAGUUCAUCUUGGUUUCAUCUAUUCAUUUUUCUUUCUUUCAGAAUUGUAUGGGCUCCUUUAGAUGUUUUCUGGCAAAGUCUAAUUUGGCCUUCCUGACUUUGAGUGUAACCAUUAAAGUGCAACUUGUGGUAAACUCUGUUUAUACUCAUGAAGAUCUCUCUUGAUUAUAGACUAUCAUAAUCAUACGCCUACCUUGUCGAGUAUACUCUUGACUUGGUUGGAUGUUGUGAAGCUGUUUUUCUUACCCAUGGAAAUACUUUUGUCAUCAUGUGUUUUAGUGGUCUUCUGUCGUCUUUCAGGCCUUUGGAUGUUGCUGAACUGGCUGGUGUAUUAAUUCAUUUUAAGAACCAGACUGUUGAUUUUGCCGUUUCCCUGACAGGUUUAUUUUGGUUUUUCAGCCUGAUGAUGGCCUCUUUCACUUAUAUCUAUAUCAGUUUGACCUUGCAUUGAGAAUUUCAGGGAAAAGCUAUUACAUAUAAGCUCGACAAUCACCUCAGUUUGCUUAAUGUGUCGUGAAAUAAUGCUAGAACAGGCCUCGCUUGGCAGUGAAACUGUUUGUCAGUCAAUCAUCCAGUUACAACUGAGCCUCUGAAAAUGGGGGACGUGUAAAUGGCAGUGAUUCCUAAACAGUUAAUACUGUGCUUUUGUUAAACCUCUUGAAUUAAAGCUGAAAGUCUGCAAUUCAGUCACAUCUUGAUUAUUUUAUUUAAAAUCCACUGUGUUUGUAAACAGAGGCAAAAUUACAAAAACAUAUGGAGCCAACUGUUUCUCCCUGAGGCCAGAAACCAUUAAACACAAAGCCUGGGAAGGAACAGGCCGCUUGACAAUCUCCUUACCACCAAAACAAGACAGCAGGUAUAUUUUGUUGCUUUUGGACAGAACCUGGCUCUUUUUUUUACACCUUUCCUGUCAGUGCUAUGCCAUCCAUGGUUAUGUGGUUAUGUUAACUUGACAUUUAUUCUACUGUACAGACACGAUUGUGGGUAUCUUUGUAUUUAAAGUCCAGAAAGAAAGUGAAUACUUGUGUUUUCCAUAAUGUCAAACGUUUUUUUAAGAAUACUGUUCUGGUUUGUAGUGUUAUUGUGCGAUACUUAUUUGGUGUGUAUUAAAAAAAAUCAAUUCCUGUA